AUGGCCGAUCGAGAUCAACCUAAGACUCAGACUCAGACUCGGGUACCAUCGAAGCGUGCCCCGAGUGCACGGAAAACCGUUAAAUUCUUGACGGCGAUGACAAUGGGGACCGCACUAUCGCUUCUAUCGGGUCUGACUUUGACCGGGACUGUUAUAUGCCUGGUCAUAGCUACACCGGUUCUGGUUUUGUUUAGCCCAAUUUUAGUACCGGCGGCGAUAGUGUUAUUACUGGCAGCGACCGGUUUCUUACUCUCCGGUGGUUUUGGUGUGGCGGCGCUGACGGCUUUGGUCUGGAUUUAUGACUAUGUCACAGGGAAGCGUCCUCCGGGGUCGGACAAGCUUGAUUAUGCUAGGAUAAAGCUCGGUGGUAAGGCUAGAGAUAUGAGGGAGAGGGCUAGGGAGUAUGGGCAGAACGUGCAACAAAGAGCCCAGGUGGAAAUUGAAGGAUCUUGAAGCAGUAGUAGCGGCGUAGGUUUAAGCUAGCCUCUCUGCAUGGGUUCUUCUGUAUCUCUCUCUCUCUAGAUCUC